GUUUUUCAGUCAGCGGUCGAUUCGGACGUGCAGAGCUCGUUUUUACCGUUACCGAGUGUUAGGGCCGCUGCGUAUAGUUUCGUGAAUUUUUGUCUAGAUUACAGUGUAGUGCCAGGGGCCAGCAAUAAUAAACAAAUAAAUUACGAGUUGAAUCGAUGUCGUCACUCAUCAAAAUACAAACACCAUUCCUUUCGAAAGUGUUUUUAUUAUGAAAUAAAUGAAUACAACGUGACCGAAAGUGUUAGUCAUACUCGUACCGUACCACAAAUUUGUGUGCUAAAAUGCAAAUUCAACGCCGCUCAUCAUCAUCAUCUGUCGCCGAACCAAACAAGUUGCCAAGAUGUGGCCGAGGAAGCCAAUAAGUGCACAUAUCGUAUAAAUAGAUACAGAAACACGCCAGUGGAAAUACGCGAAAAUAGCAAGGAUUACACUAGACAAAAGAAAAACAAAAAAAACAAAGCAAAGCGAAAAGCCAACAGCCCACUAAAAAAUAACGAAAACACUUUUCAUUGCCAACACGCGCAAAAACACAAACGCCCCCGUAGACAAAACCAACACAAGAAAAUCCCCAAACGGAGUACCAACCACAGUAUAGAUCGACAGAAACUCUUCGAUCAUGCUGGCUGUCAAGAACUUUUUCCUGCCCGAGCGCCAAGCCAAGGCACCGGAGACGCCGCAGCGGUUCUCCCGAAUGCCCGAAGCCUUUCUACGCUCCAUCCGGAGACGCUCACUGAGGGUGAAGAGGGCCAAGAGCCUGGUGGUGCCCGACCGCUCCGAGAAACGUAAAUCAGAUUCAUUUGUAAAUAGCCAGGAAUGGACGAUCUCGAGAUCAGUGCCAGAUCUGAGGCUGGGAAUCGUCGGUUCGCUGAACUCUGGGAAGUCGGCGCUGGUACAUCGCUACCUCACCGGCUCCUACAUGCAGGAGGAAUCGCCCGAGGGCGGUCGCUUCAAGAAGGAGGUCUUCAUCGAUGGCCAGAGCUACUUGCUGCUCAUACGCGACGAGGGUGGAGCUCCAGAAAUGCAGUUCGCUGGCUGGGUGGAUGCGGUAAUCUUUGUGUUCAGCCUGGAGAACGAGGGCAGCUUCAAUACAGUCUACAAUUACUACACGAAAAUGGCGCAUUUUCGGAACGGACAGGACAUACCCAUGAUAUUGGUGGGGACGCAAGACUCCAUCAGUGAUCGCAAUCCGCGUGUGAUUGACGACACCCGCGCCAGAAAGUUGGCCAGCGACCUGAAACGCUGCUCCUACUACGAGACCUGCGCUACAUACGGCCUGAACGUGGAGCGCGUCUUUCAAGACGCCUGCCAGAAGAUUCUGUCGCAGCGUCUGCCGCUGCCGCCGUCAGUGCAGCCGCCCAGGCCAACAACGCCACAAGGAAGUCGCCUCGGACUGGCGCCUUACCAGGCGCCCACCAACGGACAGCACGGCCCACACAGCCAACAUGGGCAACACCAUGGAAUGCACGGACAACGGGGACAGCAGCAGCUGCCACUGCGAAUGAGCGCGGACUUUGCACAGGCGGAGCAGAAGCUGUGGUCCCUGCAGGCGAGCAGCUCGUCCUCGGCUUCCUGCACGACAGUGGCCACCAACGAGAACAACAACAUAACCAAAUACAAUCCUGGAGCGGCAGCGGCCAGCUCAUUGCAGGGCGACUGUUCGCAGGUGCAGCUGCGAGAUCCACGCGACCUGGCACCGCCGCCCGGAAAGGAGCUGCCGACGCCUACCUCGACGCCCACGACGAGCCGUAAGAGCCGGCGACGCUCGAACCUGUUCAUCCCCUCCUCCUCGAAGAAGGCCGACAAGGACAAGGAGCCGAAAGGCAGCGAGCUGGGCAGCGGACGCUCCAUUCCCAUCAAGCAGGGCUAUCUCUACAAGCGCUCCAGCAAGUCCCUCAACAAGGAGUGGAAGAAGAAGUACGUGACGCUGUGCGACGACGGCCGGCUCACGUACCACCCAUCACUGCACGACUACAUGGACGACGUGCAUGGCAAGGAGAUUCCGCUGCAGUACGUGACAGUAAAGGUGCCGGGCCAGAAGCCGCGCGGCUCCAAGUCCAUCAUCACAAACAGUGCGCUGACCAGCUCGCUCCUGGCCAAUGGUCAGAGGGCCCAAAACACUCUCAGCGACGGCAUUGGCUGCCUCACACUGGCCAAGGACAAUCAGCGCAAGCUGAGCGAGAAGCUCUCCCUGCUGGGCGCUGGUUCGGGUGUUGCAACCGGCGGCACCGAGCCCCUCAAGUCGAACAGCUCACAGCAGACGAGCGGGGACGAGGGCAUUGCCAUGUCCAACUCGAACUCGCAGACUUUUAUUGCUGGAGAGGCGGCGGCAACGGCCAGCAAGCUGGAGGCCCAGACGCCGAAUGUGAAGAAGCGUCACCGCCGCAUGAAGAGCAGCAGCGUGAAGGCGAGCGAGGCCGACGACAACGAUGGCUACGAGUUCUACAUCGUCUCGUUGGACUCCAAGCAGUGGCACUUCGAGGCAGCCAAUUCGGAGGAGCGCGACGAAUGGGUGGCCGCCGUCGAGCAGGAGAUAUUCAAGAGCCUGCAAAGCAUUGAGAGCAGCAAGACCAAGCAGGCGACCAGCACAGAUCUGGCUGCCAUGUUGGCCAUACGUCAGCGAGUGCCGGGCAAUGGCCACUGCGUCGACUGUGGAGCACCAAAUCCCGAAUGGGCCAGCCUCAAUCUUGGCGUACUUAUGUGCAUCGAGUGCUCGGGCAUUCAUCGCAAUCUUGGCUCGCACAUAUCCAAGGUGCGCUCCCUGGGCUUGGACGACUGGCCAUCACCUCAUCUCAGUGUUAUGCUUUCCAUUGGAAACAGCCUGGCCAACUCCGUUUGGGAGUCGACCACCAGGCAACGGGCAAAGCCAACGACGCAGGCCAGUCGCGAGGAGAAGGAGCGAUGGAUACGCAGCAAGUACGAGGCCAAAGAAUUUCUUUCACCCCUCGGCAGUGGUUCUUCGGCGCACCCAAGUCCCAGCCCGGGACAGCAGCUGAUUGAGGCUGUGAUACGCGCCGACAUCAAGUCGAUUGUUUCCAUACUGGCCAAUUGCCCAGCGGAGGUGACCAACGCCAAUGUGAGCGCCCGGGAUGUGCGCACUCCGUUGCUCCUGGCCUGUGCCAUAGGCAACCUGGCCAUUGCACAGCUUCUGAUCUGGUACGGUGCCAACAUUAAGCACACGGAUCAUGAGGGUCGCACGUGCCUGGCCUAUGCCCGGGCUGCCCAAUCGCUGGCUACGGCCAAGUCGAUGAAGGCCGCAGCAGCUGCGCAAGCGGGCACAACCGUUCCCGCUCCUGCUCCACCUGCCAACGGCGGAAUUCCGGCUCCACAAUACAAUGUCGAGGACACGACGGCACUGGUGGAGCUGUUGGAGGGACUAGGCUGCCCCGAGGCGGCUCCACUGACCGCCAGCGGCACGUUGCCGCGAAGACGCGACACCCUGGGCACGCCGUACGAGAAGUCCGUGUCGGGUGUUAUCUAAAAUAGUUAAAUUUACAAUAAGCUAAACCCGAAUGUUUGUUGUACGAGGAUGAGGAUGUAAUGGAAUUAGUUGAAAUUCGAGAGGAACUGAAUGUAUAGAGAUUAGAGCAUAGGUUUUUAGGAAUGUUGUGCAAAUGUAAAUGUUUUAUUAUUAUUAUUAUAAUUAUAAUUAAUAUUAUUAUUAUUUUGGCAAGCGUUGAAUGGAAGUUUUUAGUUCGUUUAGUUCCUAAGUCGUCCCACAAAGCCUGUACAGUCGUCUUGUUGUAAUCUCAAGUUUAUAAUUUAUUAUUUUCGUAUUACGUUCUGCUAUUAUUACAUCUUUUAUUAUGAUUAUUAUUGUUUUAUCGUGUGCAGGUUUUUUUUAUUAAGGUCGUUUGCAAAACAACUAAUUAUGUAGUAAUAUUAUUAUUUUUUAACCGAUUUCAUAAAGACUUCAGAGACAUCCAUACACUAUACACAUAAAAACAAACAUACACACCUCCAACAAUAGCAACAGUAGUAGGAGUUGUUAAUGAACAAUUUACGUAUAAACAAAAUGAAUCUAAGAUUAAAGCCAAAAACAAACUUAUGCUAUACAAUAUACACCACACACAAAAAUAUAUAUAUAAACAUAUAAUACGAGUGUUUGUACACUCAUAGUUGAAAUUGCUUGAUAAUCGGUUAACACAAAUCAACACGCCUAAACCUAAACAUGUACUACUUAUGUAGCUUAUGCUAAAACAAAUCCACAAACAAGACACAAAAUUCUUUGCCAUGAUAAAUCCAAGUAAAAACUUCUAUUGAAAGCACGUUUAACGGAUUGUACUAUCUGGACAACAAAUUAAACUGAAAGUAUUUGAAACCAAUUAU